CGUUUGUGCAAUCGCCGCAGUUAACCCGCUAUUGAUUUAGAUUUCUGGGAAAACAAACAGAGCGCUUUUAAAUCCAGCGCAAACUGAACGCUGGUCCCUUUUCUUUCUGCCAGCGCUCAGGAGUCAAAAUGAGGGUCGGAGUCCGCUGCUGUCCUCUAAUCCUCUGCUUGGCCCUGGUCUCGGUGUUCGGGCUGGGUGAAGACCUCGACCGGCCUCUGUUCGGGCCUCCCGGCUCUCCUAUCCGGCUUCAUGAGUCCGACCCGGACCUGAAGAAGGUUCUGGUUUUCGCGGAGGAGCGAUACAACCGGGGCUCCAACGCUAUGCACGUCCGCCGCGUCAGCCGGUUCGUCUCUGCCACUAAACAGCUGGUGAAGGGAAUCCGCUACACCUUAACACUGGAACUGAGCAACACCCAGUGUAAGAAAGCUGCCAUGCUCAGGACCUGUGACUUCUAUCCUGAGCCUCAGAAACUUAAGACUGAAGUGUGUGUGUUUGAAGUGUGGGACAUUCCCUGGCAGGCCACCACCACCCUCCUCAAACAGAAGUGCCAGCCUAAAGUUGGUCCAGCCUCAGAACAGCCCAACAAGGCGGAGGCUCACUCCACCGUCCAGCCCUCAGAGGAAUCCGUGGAGCUGCUGGGCCAGUUUAAAGAGUUCAUAGUUAAAUACAAUAAGGUCUACAGCAGCCAGGAAGAGGCUGACAGGCGUCUACGGAUCUUUCACGAGAACCUGAAAACGGCCGAGAAGCUCCAGACUUUGGAUCAAGGUUCAGCUGAGUACGGCGUUACCAAGUUCAGCGACCUAACUGAGGAGGAGUUUCGUUCCACGUACCUGAACCCGCUUCUCAGUCAGUGGACUCUUCAUCGUCCAAUGAAACCCGCCCCCACUGCCAAAGGCCCCGCCCCUGACAGCUGGGACUGGAGGGAUCAUGGAGCCGUUAGCCCUGUGAAGAACCAGGGCAUGUGUGGAUCUUGCUGGGCGUUUUCUGUCACAGGAAACAUCGAGGGCCAGUGGUUCCUGAAAAAUGGGACUUUGCUGUCACUUUCAGAGCAGGAGCUGGUUGACUGUGAUGGACUGGACCAGGCAUGCAGAGGUGGACUGCCGUCUAACGCUUAUGAAGCUAUUGAAAAGCUGGGCGGCCUGGAGACAGAGACAGAUUACUCCUACAAAGGACACAAGCAGACGUGUGAUUUCACUGACAGGAAGGUGGCUGCCUACAUCAACAGCUCGCUGGAGAUUUCCAAAGACGAAAAAGAAAUUGCUGCUUGGUUGGCAGAGAAAGGACCAAUCUCUGUCGCUCUGAAUGCCUUUGCAAUGCAGUUCUAUAGAAAGGGUGUUAGUCACCCAAUGAAGAUCUUCUGCAAUCCGUGGAUGAUCGACCACGCUGUGCUGAUGGUGGGAUAUGGCGAACGAAGUGGCAUCCCAUUCUGGGCCAUCAAAAACAGCUGGGGGGAGGACUAUGGAGAGGAGGGUUACUACUACCUUUACAGGGGGUCCAAUGCAUGUGGAAUCAACAAGAUGUGCUCUUCAGCUGUUGUCAACUAAUCUUCAUGCUACAUGUACUGUAUCUGGUACAACUAUGUCAGCUCACAAAACGCACAGGAACAAACUGCAUGAGGAUCCAAGUGAAGACACUUCCAAGUUCUAACAAUGUUCCGUUAAACCAUUUGCUGUAUUCUACCGUCAUUCCUCCCACCUCACGCCAAUCUACUCUGUCUGACCAGCUCUACUGACGUUAGCUUUGAUGUUACUGUGAAACUUUGCUGUAAUUUGAAACUGGAUUUCGUUUGCACAUUUUAUUCCGUUGUUUCAGCAGAGGCAGUAUUGGUUGUAACUCAUCUCUACUAGCAAUAAACGUGCUUGUGCUCGAGGUAUUGUGAAACUUAGA